ACCGCCGGCCGGGGUGCGCUGCUCGCCGGGACGGCGGAAGACGGGCGGGUGGGCGCCUGUGUCUUGAGAUGCUUCAUGCUGAAAGUAGAGUAAGGCUCUUGGAGUGUCAGGAUGAAAUCACAACUGAACCGUGUCCUAAAAAGAUGAGGUCAACAGAAGGGGCUUUUGAGAACUUCUCUGAUUGUGGCAACCAAGGCAUUCAAGAAGGGGACCCUGACAGAACAUCUAAUGAUUUGAUACCAGUGUGCGCUUCAGAUAUUGAAGGGGAUAAUGAAGAGCAGAAGCAAGAGAAAAUAUCUGUUAAUGUCUUGGGAGCAGCGAAUGAAGUGCUUCCAGAAGGUAAUGUAGCGUUUAGUCAAACAGUUGAUUCUGUGAUUGUGCAGAACAUAAAUUCUCCAUUUGAAUCAAUAAAUGACACUGAGGAUGAAGAAAAGAAAGAUCCUCUUACUGCGAAUGAUGUCAAUGAAGAUAAUACUAAAAAUAGUUGUAAAGCAUUCUCAGUAAAUAGAAAUGAGUCAGAUGAAGAGUUUAUUACAAGCAAAGAAUUUAUUGGACCGAUUUACAAGCCUGCUGAGAGUAAUAUACAGGAGCAGUCUGGGAGCUGUGAUGAGUAUCAAAGCAACGUGGGAGAUGGCAUGCAUGAAAACAGCACUGAAGGAACUGAGACAAAGAAGGUGCAAGCUAUUUCUUCCGCCGUAUCAGGAAUGGAUGAUGAACUGGACCAGUUCUACAAAGAAAUUCACCAGCUGGAAAGUGAAAAUUUAGAUAUGCUUCAGGAAAAGGAAACUGAAACUUCUCAGGAACAAUAUUCUGUGUAUAAUUGCAGUCAUACAUUGCAAGAGGGUUAUCAACGUGCAUUGUUGGACAACCCACAGCCACUUUAUGAGAAUGGACAGUAUUUCUCUGGGGAACCGGGAAGUCAGAAAAUAAGCAAUGAGCAGCAGUUUGUCAUGGAAACAAGUGGCUGGAAAACUGAAAAUGCCUUUAAUGGACAAAUGGAGUCUAGUUAUUCAGUGCCUGAAUUCAGACCUGCCUGGCAGUCAAGGGAGUCUUUCAUAGUACCUCAGGGGCCUCCUCCUCCUAGACUGACCCAUCAGGCGCAUUUUCAGAUACUUAAUUGCCCACAGCAAAAAACAAAUGCUUUUCCUUCUCAGAAUGAUGAACUUUCUUAUGAAAAUUACUAUGGUUACCAUGAAAAUCAGGAUAUCAACUGUCAUGGUCCAUUGCAUGAUCAGGGUAGCUACAGUGUUGGUCAUACUGAUUUCCAUAAUACUCAGGUCUUCAGAAAUGGAAAUAAUCACCAGAGUGGUCUCCAAAGUAAUGGUUUCUGUGAAACCAGAGAAGAGUAUUGGAAAGAACCAAAAACUUACAGUGCAGAAGGAAUGCAUAGAUUUUCUUCCCUGCCUGAGGAGAGAUCUGAUUGUUCACAGAAAGUGCUCCUUAUCUUAAGAGGCCUACCUGGGUCGGGGAAAUCAACGCUAUCUCGUUUUCUGCUUGAUCAUAGUCGUGAUGGCAUUGUACUCAGCACCGAUGAUUACUUUCGUCAACAAGAUGGAUAUACAUAUAAUGCUGCUCAGCUGGGUGAUGCCCAUGACUGGAACCAGAAGAGAGCCAAACAGGCAAUGGAGCAGGGAAAAUCUCCAGUUAUAAUAGACAACACUAACACUCAAGCCUGGGAGAUGAAACCGUAUGUGGAAGUGGCUCUAGAAAAGGGGUACAGAGUGGAGUUCCGUGAGCCCGAUACUUGGUGGAAAUUUGAUCCUGAAGAAUUAGAAAAGAGGAAUAAACAUGGGGUCACUCGUGAGAAGAUUGCUCAGAUGUUGGAACGAUACGAAUAUCAAAUAUCCAUACCUAUUGUCAUGAAUUCAGAAUUACCUCCUCACAAACACACACAGAGGCCACCUCUGCAGCGAAGACAUAGGUCUGACUGCGUUUGAUUUUCUAAAACACUGAAUGAGAUCUUGAAGAGGAGCGCUUGUGAAGAACACGAGAACCUAGCUCAAACAGUUCUUUUUCUCUGUUUUAUUAUUAUUGCAAUGUAAUCGUCAUCAGAACUUUGAAAAUUGUGAAGCCAGCAUGAUUUUCAUUUUUUACUUCUAGACAAUGUGUCAUAGGGGCCCUAAAAGGUGCUUUAUCUUUAAAGUCUGAGUAACAAAACCUGAAAAUCCAGGUAUGUAAUGAAGUAUCUUUCUGUUUUUUUCACAACUACUGUGCAGGUCUACGUUUGUACAACUUAACCUACGUCAAGAAUAAUAUUUUUCUAAGGGAUUUUAUUGACUGUAGGAGUUGGAAGUGUACAGUUUAUUGACUGUAGAAGUUGGAAGUGUUUGCAUUUAAAUAAUUAUUUUAAUAAUUUGAAAAAUAAUGCAAGUAGUGCAUGGAUUCCUAAUAUAUUGAACAACUGUGUGUAUAUAUAUAUUUUUUUUAAAAAAAGCUCUCCCUUGUUGUGUAUUAUUCAUACCAAUUGUGUCACUAUAUUUUAAUUCCCAUGAUCACCUUUUUACGUGUCUUAAGAGGACUGUGGAAAUCAUUGUCAAUGAUCAGUAAUGCUUGAAUUAUCUAGAAGUUUUUAUAUUUCAGCUCUUCAAAUUAGAGAGAGAUGGAUUUUGUUUUGAGAGAGACUCAUUUAAUUUACUCACGUGAUCUAUAUAGAAUACCUUAAACCAUAAUAAAGGGCUGAAGUAAUGUACUGUUCACAGAGUGUGCUAAGAUAUUACCAAAAGGUAAUCAGUAAAAAAGUACUGUAAAAAAGGUAAUCAUCUUCAGUUUUUAAAGGAAAUGGGCUUUUUUUUAAAAGCAGUAUUUAACUGAUACUUAAGUUCUCUCUAACUGAAAGUUGGGAUUUAAGUAGACAUGAAUUAUUACUGCUUUAAAAGGAUGGAGCAUUUCUGUGUUUUAUUGCUUUAAUAAAUUGUUGGUGGAUGGUGAGUAGUUCUGACGUGCAGAGGCGUGUUGAUCAACGUAGGCUUGUUGUUUGCAAAAGACACAUAACAAGAACAGAAUGCUUUGCAACUUGUCAAAGAAUCAAAGAGUUACUGGAAACUGCUUAAUCUGUAAUGCUGUAUUCCAAGGUAGGUACAGCAACAUAACAGGUAAAAACACAAUUGUUGUUUUACAGUAUAUUCACAUUCUGUGAGGAUAUCACACUUGUGGUUUAAGCUACUAACUAGAAAUGUGUGUAUCUGAGACAGAAGUCGCUUUCUUGUCAUUGAUGGCAUAUUAUACUAUGGUAUAAAUGCGGGAAUAAAAAUAAAAAGAGGAUAUGAAGUA